AUGGCGAUGAAGGCGAUCGUGAAAUCUGUGAUCUCCGGCGACUCUCUUGUGUUGCGCGGAAACCCGGGGCCUCAGGGGCAACUUCCCAAGGAACGCGUCCUCCACCUUGCAGACAUCGCAGCCCCGAGACUUGGCACGCAGAGCAGGGAGGAUGAGCCAUGGGCCUUCGAAUCCCGCGAGUUCCUGCGCGGCUUUGCAGUAGGCAAGCCAGUCACCUUCACUGUCUCACACUCGCUCCCGCCCAACGAGGAUGUCCCGCGCGACAUUGGCGCUGCACAGAUUGGCGACGUGGACCUAGCAUCUGAGCUUCUCCGCAACGGUUGGGCGAAGCUCAAGGACAUGAAGCGGGAGCCCACGGACGAUGACCUCAAGAAGCGCGACCUUGAGAGCGAGGCAAAGGCUUCCGGGAAGGGCAUUUGGAACCCGCACGGACAGAAGGCGCGGACGGUGCACUAUAUGAUGCCAACGGACUCGCAGGGGUUCAUCUCCGAGUGGAAAGGCCAGCCCCUGGAGGCAAUUGUCGAACAGGUUAAGGACGGCUCAACAGUCCGUGUCCGCCUGCUCAUGCCCGAGGGUGAUCACCAAUUCGCCAAUAUCGCCAUGGCUGGCGUGCGCUGUGCACGUGUCGCGAGCAAGCCGGGUGAGACAUCCGAGCCUUGGGGCGAACAGGCCAAAUUCUUCACCGAGACACGUUUGCUUCAGAGGCCUGUCCGCGUCGUGCUUCUGUCGCUACCGAAUGCUACGGCAACGCCAUUCCAGUCCAGCGCAAACACGGCACCUCCUCCUGCAACGAUCUUCAUUGGAACCAUCUUGCAUCCUGCCGGUAACAUCGCAGAGCUCCUUGUUGCAUCUUGUUUAGCGCGGGUUGUCGACUGGCAUGCAGGUAUGCUCGCCAGCAGCGGAGGGAUGGAGCGGCUGCGUGCAGCGGAGCGGACUGCGAAGGAGAAGCGGCAGUACAUGUACGCAAACGCCCCUGCACCAUCAGCCAAGACGAACGGCACCACGGUCAGCGGUAGCUCUCGGGCGUUCGACGCUACUGUCGUGCGGGUAUGGAGCGGUGACCAGAUAUCUGUCACGGAUAAGGAUACUGGCAAGGAGCGCCGUUUGCAGCUCAGCUCGACGAGGGCUCCGAGGACGUCAGAUCCCAAGCAAGCGUACUGGGCCCAUGAGGCACGCGAGUUUCUGCGCAAGCGUCUGAUCGGCAAGCAUGUCAAGGUGCAGGUCGACUUCAUCCGUCCCAAAGAGGGUGAGUUCGAGGAGCGCGAAUGCGCUACUGUUUGCUACGGCAACCAGAACUCGAACAUCGCCGAGCAGCUCAUUGAGAAGGGCCUGGCGACUACCUUGCGCCAUAAGCGUGAUGAUGAGGACCGAUCGCCCGACUAUGACAAACUCAUGGCCGCUGAGCAAGCUGCUGCCGCAGAGUCAAGAGGGAUUCACUCCGGCAAAGACUACCCCCCUCUGAAACAACCUCUGAACAUCUCUGAGUCCCACGGUCGUGCCGCUCCCUUCCUUAACAGCUUCAAGCGAUUAGGCAGGAUCCCAGCAGUAGUCGAAUACGUUGCAGCUGGCUCGCGUUAUAAGAUCUUCUUGCCUAAAGACAAUCAGGUCCUGACGCUUGUCCUCAGCGGCAUCCGCGCACCUCGCACAGCGCGCAACUCCUCAGAGAAGAGCGAGCCAUAUGGUCCCGAGGCCUCGGAGUUCGCGACGCGGCGAUACAUGCAGCGUGACGUGGACAUCGAGGUCCAUGACGUCGACAAGUCAGGCGGUUUCAUCGGUGCAUUAUAUAUCAACAAGACGGAGAACGCUGCCAUCACGCUUGUUCGCGAGGGUCUUGCGACGGUGCAUUCUUAUUCUGCAGAUGGUUUGGCUUGGGCACGUCAGCUGUACGAUGUGGAGGAAGAGGCCAAGCGCGAGAAGCGUAAUGUCUGGAAAGAGUACGAUGAAGAGGCAGAGCAGGCGCAAGCCGUAACACAGGACACCAACGGCGAUGCGCUGAAACCCGAGUACAUCGAUGUCAUCGUCAGUGAUGUCCGGGCCAACAACAACUUCGCAUUCUCAAUUCAGAUCCUUAAUACAGAAGGCAUUGCCUCACUGGAGAAGCUUAUGCACGACUUCUCGCUACAUCACCAAGGGACUGCGCCUGUGACAGGCUUCAUUCCGAAGGGCGGCGACCUGGUGUCAGCGAAAUUCUCUGACGGGUCAUGGUACCGUGCCAAGGUCCGACGUGCCUCGCCAGUGAAGAGGGAAGCAGAGGUAACGUUCAUCGACUACGGAAACCAAGAUACGGUCAGUUUCGCGAACAUCCGGCCCUUGGAUCCUAAGUUCCGCUCCUUGCCUGGUCAAGCACAUGACGCACGACUGAGCUUCAUCAAGCUUGUCGGGCCCGAAAGCGAGUACCAUGCCGAGGCUGUCGACCGGUUCCGCCAGCUCUGCGAGGGUCGCAAGCUGAUCGCGAACGUCGAUCACCGGGAAAGCCAACUUCUGCACUUGCGCCUCUUCGACCCCAACGAUUCCGCAGCUCAAAGCGAUCCUAGUGUAUCCAUCAACGCUGACCUGCUUCGCGAGGGUCUUGCUACCAUUGAUCGCAAGGACUGCAGAUACCUCUCUGCGUACCCCAGUGUGGUCAAAGGACUGCAGCAGGCCGUCGCCACAGCAAAGCGGAGUCGGGCGGGCAUGUUCGAGUUCGGCGACGUGGAGGAGGAUGACUGAACUCAUGCAUUCGACGCAUGGGGCUUACAAAAAUACGGUCGGCUUGUAUAGGCAAUACGCACGACCGCUGUUGAUAAUACACUCCCAGCUCACUAGGUUGCAGAACAUCGUCACUUAGCGCGAGGUGAGCUCUCGUCAGUUGGUCAAGGUCGAGACUUGCGAGUGCU